AUGCAUGUCCUCCAGCAUACGGUGGUGUCUCUCGCCGCCCUCGCCGGCGUCGCUUGGGGUUACGAGUACGAGACCGAGUGUGGCCCCAUGGACGGCCACAUGUUCGCUGCGCUCGGAGCCUUGGGCAAGACUCCAGCUCAGUUACGGUUCCCCGGGUCUAUCCCCUACCCAGACAAACCCGCAGGGGUUGACAGCAUCCCCGGCAUCGAGCACAUUGUUUGGCUCAUGAUGGAGAACCACUCGUGGGAUAACAUCUUCGGCCUACUUAACCGGACCGGCCAGGACGGAUUUCCUCUCGACAGCUCCACUGGCGAGCCCAUUACGCUGGUGCCUCAAAAGUACAACAACGGGUCCGUCCAGCUGCUUUACGAGAUGCCCAACUCCUGCGGUGGCAAGACAAACAAUCCGUCUCAGAACUGGCAGUCGUCACACCAGCAGUACAACAAUGGAAGCAUGGAUGGAUUUGCGGUGGGAGGAGAGCAAGACAAGCCGCAGUCCUUUGGCUACUUUACUCCCCGCCAUUUGCCCUUCAUGCACAGCCUCGGCGAAGUGUUUGCUUUGAAUGAUCGGUUCUUUUGUUCCCUCCUGGGACAGACCUGGCCGAAUCGGAUGUAUGCCUUGGGUGCAUCUUCUAGAGGUGUGAUUGCCACGGGCCAAACUGACGCUGUGGCUGCCGCGACGUGGCCGAAUGGAAACAUAUUCACCACCCUCGACGCCUAUAACAUUUCCUGGACUAACUACAACAACUCGACCGACACCUCAACUCUCAGGCUCUUCCCGAACAUCACCAGUGGCCUGGCGGCAGCCAACUUCCGCGACUUCCCCUACUCCUUCCUGUCGGACGUCCAACAAGGGAACCUGUCGGCCUUCACUUUCCUCGACUACAACGGUUCCGUCCAAUCCAUGGAGAACCCGGAGAACGUCGUCUUGGGCGACCAACUCAUGUACGACGUCGUCACGUCCCUCAUGAGCGGUCCCAAAUGGAACCAAACGCUCUUGAUCAUCAACUUUGAUGAACACGGCGGGUAUUACGACCACGUUCCCCCGGUCCCGGCCAUCGCGCCCGACGACGUCCUGCCUGUCAUCCCCGCCGCCGACGCCGCCAAUGGAUACUACCAAUACAGCCAGUAUCGCAAAACCGGCUUCCGCGUCCCCUUGAUCAUGGUAUCCCCUUACGCCAAGAAAGACUAUAUAAGCCACGUCGUGCACGACCAGACGUCGGUGCUGUCCCUGCUGGAACACAAAUACAACCUGCCGGCGCUGUCGUGUCGCGACGCCAAUGCGAAUAACUUCUACGACAUGAUCGACUUUGACGCGCUCGAGAGCCAGAUUCCGAACUUUCCAGACCUCGAGUCGGUGAACUUGGCCCCGCCGUCGGAUGAUCCGCUCUUGCUGGCUUGCACGACGGAUAACCCGGGCGUGCUCCCUGCACCGGGCAGUGUGGUGUUUAGCGCGACGAAUGGGACAGGACUAGGGCCGGAUUUUAGUCCCAAGUGCGAUGUUGUAUAG